UUAUUGCUACUGCUAACAUCUGCAUAGGUUCAAUGCAAUCCCUCAUAACUGUAUCCUGGCGUUGUAAAACGUCCUUUAAUUUGUGGUUUAACUCAUGGAACGAAGCGAUGGACAUACGAAAAUAGUUGAAGAAUUUUUGGUCAUGUUGUAAUAAUUCUUGGAAUAAAGUAUAAAAUGCCCCCACAAGGAGUCUUUUUUGAACUAUAGGGUGCACCCGAUAUAGUCUUUUCCUUUCCUUCUGAAGUCGACGACGACGACGUCUUCGGUAAAGAAACAACAUAGCAAUAACACAUUUGCGAUUCAUAAUCCCUGUUUUCGAGACUGAGCUAAACUGAGCAAUUAAGGCCCACUUUUACCACCUCCUGUCAUUCUAGCUGUUAGCAUUACAGGAGGUUAGCGCGUAACAUUAGGUUAUCUCGAAAACGGCUUUUACCACUCCGACUUAUGAGGAGGUUAAGUUUAUUGCAAGGUUAGGAGAUAUAUCUAGGGGAAUUUUAUGAAGACGGUUGGCCGAACGUAUAAAUGAUCUAAAAUUGGAUUAUUUGUAAAUGUUUGUAAACAACUCUUUGACAAGUGACAUUUCUUAGCGAUUGUCGUUGUGUAGUUGUGAUUAGAAAACUAGAAUAAGAGAAAAUGGCUAUGGAUUCCAUUCAAUCAAUUUCAGGCGACAAAAAACGUCCGCGAUCAAUUAACUUUAAAAUGGAAGAGGUCGAUUUAUUGAUCGAAUUGAUCUCCGACCGAAAAAAAGUUAUAGAAAAUAAAAAAAGUGAUACCGUCACCUGGAAAGAGAAACAAAAUGUGUGGGAGGAGAUAGCGGCGACGAUGAGCGCUACAACGGGAGUAGCAAGAGACUCAAAAUCGUUGCGCACAAAAUAUGAAUUUUUAAAAAAAACCGUUCGCAAAAAAUGUGCGGACAUGAAACAGGAAAAAAUGAAAACUGGUGGAGGUCCUUGUUCCGAAAUACAACUCACACCUAUCGAAGAAAAAAUUAAAGCUUUGAUAAUUUUGAGUGUAGACGGUAUGAGGUCUAUUUGUGAUUCUGACGCAGUAAACAAUUUUUUGUCGGAGAUAUCGUUAGCACCUGCUGAUGUAGGUGCUAAUAUGUCUCUUACAGAACAAACAUCUGCAUCAGCAGGUGCUAGUUCUGAAUAGGCCGGCAAAGAAUUAUUUAUUGAUACAGAAUCACAAAUAAACACACCCACCCCAGAGGAGGAAGUUAACAAAAAUCAAAAAGAAAGUGAUUGGAAUGUUUGGACUCCCAAACAAUUACGGAAGAGAAAGAGUAGUGUUUUAGAAAGUGGCAAACGAAAAGGUGACAACAAAACAAUUCACAACAGCUACAAUGAAUAUAUU